GUCUAAAUCAAGUUUUGGCCUAUCCGGUUCGAUUUUGUUACACAUGAAGAUGAUUUCCUAAUAGGACUAGUAUAAUACCUAAAUCUAGAUUGAUUUACAGAAUAUAUACAGCUAUACGAAUUCAGCUAAGUUUAAGGAAUAUAUAUUUAUCCAGUAUAUAAUAAAGAGUAAUAAUUAACAAGGAAGGCUAGCUCUUUGAGUUUUCUUGGAGCUAGCGUUUUGUGCUAAUGAGGAAUUCACAGGUUGAUUUGCCUUAUCUUCCUGAUGAUUUGUGGUUGAACUGUUUAGCCCGUGUCUCCAGAUUGUACUACCCGAUUCUCUCCAUAGUUUCCAAGAGAUUCCGCUCCCUCGUGGAAUCGCUUGAGCUUUACGAGAUCCGAACGCUCUUAGGAAACAUCGAGAAUUGUCUUUAUUUGAGCUUAGGUUUCAGUUCUGAUCAAUCUGAUGCACGCUGGUUCACUUUAUGCAAGAGAACAACUCGAAACCCUAACCCUAACUUUAACUCACGAUGGUUCGCUUCCUGCUUUAGACCACAUAGUAUCCUAACGAAUCACACUAUGGUCUCAGUUCCAACUUACAAUCUCACUUCUUCGACUGAGUCGACUCGUAUCGCCAUUGGUUCUAAUAUAUAUAUGAUUGGCGUAUUAGGAGAUGGCGCCUUCUCGUCUAGGAUCUUAUUCAUGGACUGCCGGUCUCAUACUUUACAGAAAACUCCAAGCAUGCAGACGGCCAAAAAGAAUCCCUUAAUUAGGGUUCUUGAUGGGAAGAUAUAUGUAGUGGAAGGAUGCAAUGAUCCUGAUUACUCGACAUUUAUCGAGUGUUUUGAUCCCGAAACCCAAACAUGGGAGCAUGUGCCGAGCCCUAGCGCGGAGAUACGUGGUAGGUACGUAUCAACAAGUUUAGUUUUGGACGGGAAGCUUUACCUGUUUGGGGAUAAAAAUCUGGUUUACAAGCCCAUAGAAAAUAAAUGGGAUGUGGUAGGAUUAGAGAUACCUUUGCGUUGGAAUCCCACUGAUUUUGCUGGCGCAGUAGUAGACAACGUAAUCUACUCUUAUGGAAGACGUAGUGUGGUAUGGUACGACUCAGAGAGAAGACAGUGGAGAUAUUUGAAGGGUUUGGCAAAACUACCAAAAUUACCGAAAUUACCAAAUCAAGGUCUUUUUGUUAGAUUGGUGGGUUAUAGUGGAAAAAUUGUGGUUUUGUGGGAGAAUGAUGUGCGUGGUACAGAUCCUAAGAAGAAGAUGAUUUGGUGUGCCGAGAUUGCUCUUGAAAGGCGUAAUGGACGUAAGGUUUAUGGGAAGAUUGAGUGGUGUGAUGUUGUGCUUACUGUCCCCAAGUCAUGUUCUUUAUUGCAUUUUAUGACUGUUACUGUUUGAAGAAUGAAUUAAUACAUUAGUUCACAUUACUCAUUAGUACCAUUUUCUUUCUUUCCAGUUUCAUUGAAUGAUUUUCUAUACAAUGCAUCAACUGUUGUUCUGUUUCUCUCUUAUAACAAAACUCUAUUUUCGGUUUGUUCUCAUUUCUUUACCCUAUUUCACUCUGUUUUUGACUCCCAAACCAACCCAUGUCAAAAUUUGUUCGUUUUUGCUCUUGGAAAGUUUUGGAUACUUCAAACAUAUAUUGGGAUGCAAUAUCUAUUUGUGGUGAAAAAGUAAUCAAAUGUUCCUACACAAUGUACGUAAAGCAAAGAGUAGAAACUUCGAUUGCGCUUGAAACACUAAACGUUCUAAUCGGGAUUUACCAGAGGAUUUGGUGUGAUGCGACUCCGCCUAAAAGGCGCAUCGGAUAUGGGAAAGUCUAGUGGUGUGAUGUGGUGGUUACACUUUCCGAGCAAUAUGAUAUUGUGAAUGUAAAAAAAAAAAA